GUUAAAUCGACUUUUUCCUAAACCCGCCCGGUGUUUUGUAGGGCGGGCCCCAGCCGCCUCCCCUCUCGUUUUCUCUGACCCUUUCCUUCCCUUCCCUUGUUUUGAUGGCGCCACCGCGAGCCGCCGCCGGCGUGUCAAUUCCUGCUGAUCCUGCCGCCGACAGUCCAGAGGCAGAGUCGGAGAGCAAGCUGCGGCAAGGUGCAGCAGACGCGCGGUGGCUCGAAACCCUCUCCGAGCCGGAGCUCGAUGUGCUGGUGAGCCUGAGGGAAGUGGCCGUCACGCGGGCUUCCGAUGCCGGCCAUCCUGGCCUCGCCGACACCGUCUUCCAUCUCCGCGCGCUGCGGGCUCUCGGGGUUGUGUUGCUGGAAGAGUUGAAAGAGCGGCUCAGGCAAAGCUCAGCUGAUGCAAACGUGUUGGACAGGAGUGCGUUGCUAGAUGAUCCUGAGGCCAGCCAAGAUCAUCAGAUGCCAGCGCCGAAUGGUAUCCACAAGAAAAGGAAGAAUCAGACGCAGGAUGGUUGAGUUCAGCUGGUGUUGAGAUCCAAAGUCUGGCAUUCAAAUGCAGGUGGGAUGGAGACGGUGCCCAAAGUCCAAAGAGACGAAAAACGACCUGAAAACUCUGAGGACGACUUUACGAGGCCGGUGGUUGAUAUUGCAGCUGAUCCAUCACUGGAGAAGCCAGCCUCCUCUUCUUUGCCAUCCAGUCGUCUCAUCAUGUACUGUAGCGUCAGCCCGCCGUAGCAUGACACCGGUUUGAUGAAUAGGUUUAGCUUCAUCGAUUGAUGAUACGGCAUGCCAACCUUGAUCCUGUUCUGAUGUGCAGUUGGUUCAAAUUGGAAUUUUUACACUUUACGAUACUACGCCUCACUAAAACAUGCGUACGGAGGAGUAUAUAUGGUUCACUCUUUUUUUUACACAUGUUGCCAAUCACAGCCACACACUUUCUUCUUUUUUUAUAGUUAAUUUCAGACAGGUACAGUUUGUAUCCAAAUAAAGCAUCUGGUUCCGACAUGCUAA